AGUUCCUCUUUACCGGCAGCGUGUGAAAAACUCGUGGCCUUUUCCCCUGUCAUCACCAUUCGUUCCACUUUUCUUUCUUCCUAUUCCAUUUUUUUUCCACCAAGUUUGAAGCUUUCCAGUUUUUCAACCACACCGAUCUUCUUCUUGUCACUAAUUUAGAGUACAAAUCGAAACCGUAGCCAUAAGCAAAACACAAGACAAUACAGAUCGAAAUUUUCAGACUCCACACUCCCUUUAUUCUUCACCUCCAAGGUUCCGGAAAGGAAUUGAAAUUGGGAACGAAAUUCUGAGGAUGCUUUGGGGAAAAUAGUGAAAAAAAAGGGGGGAAAGGAGGUAUAUUUAUUAAUUUAGUUGGGUAUAUUUAACAAUUGCCUUGACCUAAUCCAAAAAAAAAAAACCCUCUCUGAAAUUCAGCUUUCCUAUUCGAAUUCGAUAACCGAACACCGACGGGUAAAACCUCAUCAAUCGUUCUUCUUCGACUUUGUUACGUAUCUUCUUCCUCUGAUCCCUUACCCCUUUAUAUCAUUUCAGGAUGGAAGGUAGGCUUGCUGAAGAACUUUAUGCUGAAAGUUUGCAACUGUCAAAAUUAGAACUGACAUCCACCAGUGCUGAUGAUCAAGAAAACAAGGCGAACGAUUGUGAUGAUGAUGAUUUGAGUUUGUGGGAUGAUUCUGAUGACAAGUUGGAGAGCUUGUCGGAUUUGGACAGGGAGUGGCAGAGGAGGCAUGACCAAUUUCAUACGAUCGGGUAUCGAGAUGGUCUUAUAGCGGCGAAGGAGGCUUCUGCACAGGAAGGGUUCAAUAUCGGUUUUAAACAAUCGGUCCUUGAUGGUUACAGUUGGGGUGUUGUAAGAGGUGUUACCAGUGCUUUUUCUCAUCUUCCACGUCAAUUAAAAGCAAGGUUGAUUGAAACACAAGAAAAAAGGAAUGAAUUCCAAGGCCUGUAUGAAUCCGUGCAUUCUUUGUCAACAACAGAUGCCCUCAGAUUGUUUAGUAAAGAAAUCAAAGCACAAGAAGCUUUGGAACAGAGUGAACACUCAGAAGUUAGCCAUCACACAGCUGGUUUACAAGAGCAGCCUUCCCAUGGCUCUCAAUUGAGAAGUUAUCGUGGACAACUUGAAUCUCUGCUUUGUGAUUUUCCUGCCAUUGAUAUUCAUUUACCUGAACCAAAAUAAAUGGUGAUCUAUAAUUGUCAAGUAUAUUUGGCUUGAGUUACAUACGACACUGUUUGUGUUGUUUACUUCACAUCAGAACGUCUUGCUUUUUAUCUUGAAUUAACACAGAAGAAAAAAAAAACAUUUGAUCACUACAAA